GAUUAGCAUGGCAGUGCUCACUGAUGUACAUCGUCUUCAGUCAUCGAGCUUUCAUCUUCAUCGCGGUCUCGUACCUUGUGAAGAGGUGUGCUGUCUGUCUACCUUGUGAAGAGGUGUUCUGGAGAGGUGUGUUGGCUAUCGUCGUGGAGAAGUACUGUAAUUUGUGCAACAUUUUGUACUUCAUCGGCGUGGUCUACUCGGAGAAUUCUUCAUUUCUGAGAAAUUGAUCCAUCGUUGGUCCUCUGAGAGAGGAGUCUAAUAUCAAAUAAAGAUAGGAUAUCUGUCACAUCGUAUCUAUCGUUGAGAGGCAUUCAGGAUGAGGACGCUUGAAAUCGCAUUGUUUGAUGAGAGACCGAGACUCUAGAAAUGAGUAUCAUUUUCUCCUUCAUGAUGACGGUAUAGGCUUAACCUGUGGAAGGUGAUGCAAGUACUAAUAUCCUAUCUUAUCGGGACGUUACCCUCUUGCUCUUCAGUCUAUCUGUGUGAUGACGUGUUGGACGAAUGGUUCUCUCUCUCUCUGUUAGUCUUGUCUUCCUCUUUCUGUCUUCGCGAGCGAUCCUCUAUACGAGAUCGUCAAUUCGAUCUUUCCAUAGGGUGUUUCCACGUGCUUUAUUUAACCAAUUCUUGAAUGCUCCCACGUUGUUUGAAGAUGUAGCCAAACACCCCAGGACAAGAUAGAGCUCACGCCUCUGCUUAUAAGUCAAAUUUUUUUUUUGAAUACUCAAUGGAUGAGAUAUUAGCUGAACUGGUUAAAGAGGUGUUAAACCGAGUUUAUGACGACAUCAAGUUGCUAGUCACUCUUUUUUGAUUCCUUAAGGAACCGAGUUUAUGAGAAUAUCAACUUGCUAGUUGCUCUUUAAUAACCGAGUUUAUGAGGAUAUCAUGUUGUUGAUGGCUCUGUAAAUGAUUCCAUAAGGCAGAUUAAGACUAGGAAGUGGGGCGUCAAAAUUUUUUGUACCAAGUCAACAAAUUUCUAAGAAAUUGAAAUUGUUUCCUGUAUCUUCCUCUGCAGUCUACACAAUGAAUUAGACUGUUACAACAUCAACAUUAACAUCUACUCAUGAAAGGCACUGCAAACACCUCCUGCUAGGCACAGUCAUUUAAAAUGGAUCCUUUAUUGAGUCCGGUGCCACAGAGCACGGAGAGUUUUUCUCCGGACAGAAGUCCACCUUUGAGUCCAGGCGACCGAGCAUCCGAAGUAUCUCACGACGACACAUUUGUACCGCAGAAACUCAAGCCGGAACAGAUAAAAGGGUUGAUAAAUCAAUCGCUGGGUGACGUGGCAAACCAGUUCGAGGAAAGAACUUUUCCAAAACCUUUUCGUAUUUAGAUUUACUGUUUCUUGAUAACCCAAGGCUGUUAGUGUUUUGAUAAGCCAACGCUGCAGAUAAACCUAAACUAACCACGUGUAUGGUCUGAAUGGGUUUGUACUUUGUGAGAUACGCAGCUACUUCUUCGGGUCGAAAUAGCACGUGAGAAUGUUGCAUUGCCAAGGACAAACCGACUGCUCCAUCAAAAUCCCCAGGUCAGCGAGACAAGAAGCAGGAGAUAAAUAACUAUGCGGGUGCCGGUAUAAUACCAUGUACACUCGUAGACGGAAAACUGCAUGUGUUGUUGCAGCAGCCAAAACAUGGGAAGAAAUCAGGUGUUAGGUGGUACGACUUCGGAGGCAAGAAGAAGGAUAACACGGAACUACCUGUGGAGUGUGGUAUUUUUAGAUUAGUGAUAGUGUGCUCUGUAUGUUUACUUUUGCAAUUAUGUUUUAUCAGAAUCUUAAAUCAUGUGCUGGGUUACAUAAGUAAUUUUGUUGGACCACAAGAGCACAGGCCUCCGAGCAAGGUUCGUUUCUCAGUGGAAACGCGAUGUCUGAAUUUUGAACGCAAGCAAGUCUCAGUAUGCCUGCCUGUGGCUUAUGAUCACUGGCUGGCGUAGUCCCUGUUUGGUUCAUUGGGUAAGAUGAGCCAUUCAUCAUCAACAUAAGCACGUCAGAAGGGAUCGGACUGAACGUGCAUCAUACGACUAGGAUCAGGAUAACCGUGCCUAGUCUAUCCAUUGAUCACUAUGAUUGUGCAUUGGAAGUAGCAUUCAUGAUCAUUGACAUUCGUGUCCUUUGAGAUCAUCCCGAUGACAGUCGAGCACGAGGCUUAGGGUGAGCCACUGAGAACAGAACAACACGGCAUCCGAGAGGCUUGAGCCAUACAUGACCAACAUAUUUACAAAUACAAUGCUAGAUGUGGGCAAUUCUUGCUCGCAACUUCUUAGCUUCCGAAACACCUCUUUCAAUGAAGGAUAGUUCUAUUCUUGAUCGCAACUUCUUAGUUUCCAAAACACCUCUUUCAAUGAAGGAUAAUUCUUGAUCGCAACUUCUUAGUUUCCGAAGCACCUCUUUCAAUGACACCAUCCUACCUUCGAAAAGACCUCUCCCUCCGAUACCACAGCAUGCCGUAAAUUUACGAAGUAUACGUAUGGUCUCUUUUCGAUUGAGACAGAUUGGAGCUCACCUUCCGUGAUGGACGAGCUGUCCGAAAUCUACUCGAGAACGACGACUUGGCCUUUGCUUCUCAAAAGUGGAACCGAGUGGUGCAAGACAUGGCUAUUGGAGAGUGGUAUUCACACUAGCAUUUAUUAAUACUUUAUGAAAUUACAAUUUGAAUUUUUGUUACUGCACGACGACAUGGCUAUGGGAAAGUGGUAUUCAAAGAUAGAUCCUUUUAGAAUCUGGAGUGCAGAAUCUGGAGUGCUGCAAUAAAGGAGCAAGUAUACUAGGUAUGGUCGAUCUUAGGCAUCUUGCCGAAUAGAUUCAAGUCAUCAUACUAGGUAUGGUCGAUAGAAGAAAUAUCAUACCCCAGGGUCGUUCAAUAUUUUCCCCUAUUUACUUGCUCCUAAUGAUGAAUGAUUUAGUCAAGCAGGUUCAAAACCCGCCCACUCCCUAGUACAACCUCUACUCCCGCGUCCUCCAACAAAAACAGAUGGCAUUCCGUUCUACAAUGCGGGUCAGUCAUAUCAUGUAUACCUGAUGCCGGUUCCGUUUUUGGCGGCGGACGUCUUUUGCGAAGUGGGAGCUACUAUGGAUGACAGCAAAAGGGAGUUCCAGUGGGUUCCACAUGACAUCUUCAUGGCAGGACCAUUGGCGUGUACUUAAUCGUUGUUUUUUGUUUUUUUGCUGCAUAUUAGAAUUCUGGGUUGUUUUUUUGUGAGAAUGUUUUCAGUAGUUCUUGUGCUACUACUACUGUACUUACUGAGGAAGAUUGUCGAUUCAUUGUUUACCAAAAAGAACAAGAACAAUCUGCUCUCAUCUCUUCUUUCUAUUUAUUCCUAAUCCAAAUCGGAAUCCUAAUGAUUGCAUAUGUUCAAACCUCACACAGCACGGAUACAUACACGGGCGCUUUUCCAGCAGCUCACCGGUCUCGAGUCGACGAAACUAGUAGCGAAUUUCUCCAGAGUUGCUGAUCGUACACGGCCGAAUACCUUCGAGGUUCUAUCCGCAGGCUAAGGAGGACGACGAGAUAGAUCAUUAGCCUCUGAAAUUAAAAACGACUUUUUUUCUAUUCUCUGCAGUGCAAGCAAGAUGGUGGAAAUAUGAUUAACUCCCUGUUUAUGAUAGAUACCUUUGUCAGAUCAAUCCAAAAAAAGAAAUCAAUGUAGCUUCUCUUCUUCAAACAAGAAACUCAAACUCAAAGAUGUAGCGUAAAAAUCGACAAGCGUACAACUCAAAAAUGUAGCGUAAAAAUCAACGUGUUUGUAGCGUAUAACGUGCAUGUAGUGCUGUGACAGGGAGAGCACGACCGGGGAGACGCACACUAAACAGUCAUGACUGUACUAGCACUCGGGUCGCAAAAACAACAUGGGUCUGAAGAGACGCUAGAAGACAUCAUGUACAUUAUGAUUUGUUGGCUGAAGGUCGCAUACACAUGAUUUCAGAAUUUUCUGCAUAGGUUGCAACAUGUCAUAAAAACUUCGUAGGCUGAGCUGUGCUGGAAAUCAGCUCCUAUGCUUUCACGUUCUGUGGAAAGAAACUAUGAACAUCGCGAAGCGAGUAUCAGCUUUCCUUUUUCCUCUAUCAUUUUUC